CGUCCAUUUUGUGUAGCUUAGCUAGCCUGGCUAACGUUACCUUGAGUACUGAGCAGCAGAGAUGGAUGACGGUGACGAGCCGGGUCUAGUCCUCUCUCACAACACUUCUUCAGGCUCUAAGUCGGGCGGGGACAAGAUGUUUUCCCUAAAGAAGUGGAAUGCUGUAGCGAUGUGGAGCUGGGACGUUGAAUGCGACACCUGUGCCAUCUGUCGGGUACAGGUGAUGGACGCUUGUCUCCGAUGCCAGGCGGAAAACAAACAGGAGGAUUGUGUUGUUGUAUGGGGGGAGUGCAACCACUCCUUCCAUAAUUGCUGCAUGUCCCUUUGGGUGAAGCAGAACAACCGCUGUCCCCUCUGCCAGCAGGACUGGGUGGUUCAGAGAAUCGGCAAAUAAACUCCACACCCGGGCGAUCUAGAUUCUCAGACAGCACCUGUAUGCACCCAAAAGUGGUGACAGACUUGAAAAUGAUCACUGCAACAUCCUGCGCAGAGCCACUGACAUAAACAACUGUCCUCCUCCUUAUGUUUGCAUGUUCCUGUCACCCUGGUUUUGAAGGAGGACGAAGGACAAAAUCAAAGCAGCGCAGACUCGGUUGAUGUGGCUGGAGGGAUCAAGAGUCAUGAAGACACGGAUGAAACUUGUUGCAGUGUUUGGUCACAUGUUAGCUUUACAUUAUUGUCUGUGGUGGUGUUCGGCACCUUUAGAAUAUGUGACUGUCAUUUAAAAAAAAAAAUAAAGAAUUGUGAAUAGCUAUAAA